UGAAGGUGACCUCACGUGCUACUACCAAAACACGUUACGUCACGUCUGACGUCACAACUGCUGCUCAAGAUUGUUUACAAAAGUUCCUCGGCCCUUUCGACGCGAUUCGCGCGGAGAAUUAUCUAUAAAACGAGUCAUAUUAUUCAAUCAACAUAUUUCACGGAGCCAGCGCUCCUGGAUACCCUCCUAGCUACCUCCAACAGCGAGCGACACUCCAAAACUUGGAACGCUCGACUCCAUUUUCUCUAUACCUGCUCCCGCAGAGGUGGAGCAAUUCACGAAAUCGGGCUCUCCUAUUGGUCGAGCUGCGUCGAUUGGUAAAGAAGUCAUGUGAUUGCUGUGAGCUACAGAAUCAAAACAAAUCCCGAUUGUGUGCAAACUAACUCAAAAUACGGUGCGUUUUCGAAUUAAAUCUCGAAACGAGUGAAGCCACCGAAGACCAAGUAUCGUCCGACGUCCGUUCGAGCUCAAGCGACCGACUGCCACCGAGUUUUUGGGAAGAUAUCACACGCAAGAUCCCGGGUGAUUACCGUCGAGCCGCAGCGUUGGAGGUUCCCCGCGCGUCGGUGCUCCGUGGUGGAGCUGGUGCCAUGGUGGAGCUGGGCUCGGAGCCGGCCAGCUGGGCAGCCGCGCGGGCCUGGACGGCGUCGGGGCUGCAGGCCAGGGCCGCCGAGACCCUGCGCCUGCCGGACCUCGAGGGCAGCGUGGACCCGGACCAGUGGCUGUCCGUCGAGAGCCUCAGCUUCGAGCCGCAGGAGGUGUACGGCCCGCAGGCCGUCGAGCCCAAGGAAGAGAAGGUGGGCGACGCCCCCUGGGAGCCUGAUGACCCGUACUCGCGCGUGCCGGACAAGAGCGAGCCGGCCGAGCAGAGCCCGUCCUUCUGGAGCAUGGACCUGGAGCUGAGCAAGCUGGACGCCAUGCUCAAGGCCGAGAAGCCCGAGGCGCUCAAGGACCCCACGCUGGCCGAGCUGAACGCCAACGACGAGUCUGGCCUGGACGGCCUGGACGUGAACGACUUCCUGCGCGACUUCCAGCAGGCGGGCUGGAGCGGGUUCCCCGGGCAGCUGGCCGAGCUCCUGGUGCCCAAGAGCUCUCCGCUGUCGUCCAGCCUGCCCGCGGACUGCACGCCGAGGCCCUGCACGCCGAGGCCCUGCCCGCCUAGGCCCUGCCCGCCCAGGCCCGGCCCGCCCACGGCCCCGACCGAGAUGCCGGGCGGCAAGCCCCGGGGCCGGAUCCUGGCCGAGCGGCUGUCCUGCUCGGCGCCCGAGUCCCAGCUCUCGUCGCUGUCCAUGGACGAGGGCUUCAGCAGCCAGGACUCGGACGACGGCUUGUCGUCCGAGGCCGAGUCGCACGCGAGCUGCGACGCCGAGCCGGCCUCUCCCGACAGCCAGAAGAAGAAGAAGCGCUACUUCUGGCAGUACAACGUGCAGGCCAAGGGCCCCAAGGGUCCCCGGCUGUCGAUGGCGCGCGACUCGGCCGACCCGCACGUGCUCCACGACGUGACGGACCCGGUGUUCAGCCCGGAGUGCCACCUGGAAGGCGUGAAGCACGCGGGCAAGGCCCGGCGCGGCGACGGCAACGACCUGACACCCAACCCGCGCAAGCUGUACAACAUCGGGCUAGAGCUGCGGAAGCUGGGCCGCGUCAUCAACGACCUGACGCCCGUGAGCGAGCUGCCCUUCAACGCCCGCCACAAGUCGCGCAAGGAGAAGAACAAGCUGGCCUCGCGGGCCUGCCGGCUCAAGAAGAAGGCCCAGCACGAGGCCAACAAGCUCAAGCUGUACGGCCUCCAGCAGGAGCACAGAAAGCUCAUCAAUCUGUUUGAGGAAGCCAAGAAGUUCCUGCGGGAACAAGUGGAGGGCCCACAGAGCCAGGAGCCAGCCGCUCCCCACUUUGACGCCCUCGUCAACAAACUGGUUUCAGUGAAGGUGGCCGGACAUUCAACCGAGUUUGUGAAUCACGUGCUGGGCAGCGUGGCGGCGGGCAACCCGGACGGAGGCCUGUCCGACCUGUGAGCGUCGGGGUGUCCCAAGCAGUCUCCCCGAGAAACGAGGAUCGUCGACUGUCGCAUUUGGUUGUUAACGGUGCUGUGAUAUCAAGUGAGCUUGCGGUGAAGGCACGCGAGUUUCCUCCGGCCUGUUUGGGCGUCGGUCGCGGGUGUAGUCUAUUACGGGUCGCCUUGCUCCAUGCUUUGUCUGGUAUACUUGUACCACAGCCGCUUAAAACGCUCGAAACCUGUGUUACUUGUCAGUUUGCUUCUAGCGAGCGCAGUCUGUUCUCACUUGUUGCACCGGGGGCUGCCAGCCCCUCCGGCUGCGGCCCCCAUGUGCUUUUUAUGCUAACCCUGCUUCUGUGUAGUGCACCAUGUUAUCAUUGCACCCUCGUUUGCGUUAGCCCUUAGAGUGGCUCUCGAGAGAAGGGUUUUGUUUCGGCAUCACGUGAGAUGUUUGCUAAGAGCUUGGUUGCAAUGGAAACCAUUCGAGGCAUUGUGUCCACGCAAGUCAAGUGGGUACUGUUAGGAGUCUAUAGCUCUAUGUAUACAUAUGUACAUAAGUGUAUGUAAAUAUGAGUAUUUUCUUUGUUGUUUUCAUGAAACCUAGUAUGACGUGCAAAUGUAGAAGGCAUUAGCAUAGGUAUUACGCACUGUUGCCCAAAUGUCAUUUUAUUUCUAAUGUUCUUUGGCCGUUUUGUUUAGAGCUAUAUCACAAACACAAGCUGUUCAGGGUUCUAAGCCGUACACCGACGGUCGGCUACACAAGUCCCCUAUGACGGACGCAUGGCAAGCCGCAUUUUUGCACUUGAGAGCUCUGUUGCGGCCAGAGGCAGCCAGGUGGGCCCUCACACACUGAAGUCAGCGAGACCCUAGUCAUCUGAAGAGUGCCUUUUAACUUGUACAGCAAGCCCUCUGGCAGGUUUGGUAUUAUGUGGGCAAAUAAUGACGCUUUCCCGCCGGCCAGGCCAAAGCUUUUCCCGCCAAGGUUGCCGCAGUGCAGGAUGUCUGUGCGCGUCCUUCGUUUCGGUUGGUGCACCAGGACGGACCUUCCGUUGCCCCUCGUCCCUUCUUUGGGCAUGCACUCACCACGUGCAAGCCGUAGAAGAGUCGCUUGCUUGCUUUACGAUCCUCACCAGUGAGAAGAGUGCAGCUUGAGCUUGCAAACGGCACUCUUGGUCACGUAGGCAAACGAAUGUCAGUCUCAUCCCCGUUCCCUUUCAUCCAGCAUCGCAUGCAUGCAAGAGAAAACUUCAAAGUGCAAAUUGUGCUAGAUCAGAGUUGCAGGACUAUACAUUACAGUGGACGUGUGCAAUCGAAUCUGUUGUUGUUCACCGACUUGAAGCGCGGCAGCCAGCGAGCCGACUCUGACUUCCCGCACCAAGGGUAGUGCGGCCAGCUCGGUCGGGUCGUUGCGCCUUGCAUGAGAACAUGUACAAAGCGAAUAUUUUUGUAAAGGAUGUGUGUUGUGUCUAGUUGUUUUACAGUACCUGCAGCGCGAUAACGGCAACUACCUGUCUGGGAUUAAUUGGCAAAUCUGCCGACGAAUAGAUUUGGAAGCAUCACCUGGCAGCUUUUUCAUUCCAGUGUUAGAAAGUUGUCGGUGCACUAUAGGUCUCUGUUUGGUUGAUGGCCGUUUUUCCUGUGUUUCCGUUGUUGUUCAGAUGCAGAGUCUAGUUGCCUUGCUUUGAGGUUCUAAAAACUCUGCAGAGCUCAAACACAAAACUUGUCUGUGGCCCGUGCCAGGAACGGGUCGAGAGCACUUGUUUUUGGGCAUUCACUUUUUUUAUUUUUUUUUAUUAUUAUUAUUAGAGGCAGUCGCAAAUGUGCCAAAAAGUUGCAGGUGUGUUAUUUCAGAGUUUAUGCAGAUCCCGCACACAUCACCUGUGAGAACAUAGUGAUAGUCCGAGGCCCCAUUGCCCGACAACCUGGAAUUUUGGAUUGUUACCUGUUCCGCGAGGCAGAGUCUUCAGCUUUGUUGGAGCUGCAUUGGCCAGUGCUAAUUUUGGCAUCUAGGAAAGAGUCCAAAUGCAAAGUCCUGCUUUACACUGGUGCCAAGGUCUGUGUUUCAUAUCCACAAACAUUGCCUCGCUCAACUCUGUCACCUCCUUCGGUGCACUACAAACUCAAACUGCAUUGGAAGACCCAGAAAGAGACUUGAACCUGUGCCUUGGUCAAUACCUUUGCAAAGCAACUUAAGGGCCCACCAUCACAGUAAGUGCAAGUUUGUAGAGUCGUGACCUUGGCACACAAUCUUUUUGGUGACCAGCAAGGGUGAGCUCUGUUACAAGCUUAUCAUUCUUUAGGUUCCAACUAGCUCCCUCGAGAAUUGCAGCUUGUUAUUUGUUAAAAGUUUUAAACAAUGUUUCACUCUGUAUUUUGUUGGAGUCAUGUUAAUAGCAUCACGAGAGUCAAGUGCUUGCUUACCCCUUUUUAACUAGUUUCAGAAACGUCUUGAGAGGGCGCGUUAAUCAUGUGCGUGCCCCAAACUACAAGUUCCUGGCUUCGAGAAUCGGAAGCUUGUGGUUCCUUGAAUGUGAUGAAAAUGUACAGAUAAGUAUAUACACUGGAUGUAAAAAAAAUGCUUGUUUAUUCUUCAUAUGAAUAAAGAAAAACGUCGCAAAA